UUAAUUUUUGAGGAUUUGCUGUGCAAACACGCAAAAAUUAUUAAAUUAGGAGCUUAUACAAAACGUUGAACUUUGAAUCAUUAAAUAUGCACUGCAUGGUCUUCUCUUUCUCCCACUCUUUGAUGCAGCCUGUUAAUUGAGAUAUGGAGACCCUGUCGUCGUCCUUCUUCCUUCCCAAGUUUUCUCAAUCCAGCUCUUCAUUUGUAGGGAUCGAGAAGAGCCCUCGAAGAAAAAUCAUCGCAAAUUAUUCCUUUUCCAGAUUUCCUGAUCCUCUUAUAAGAACUAAGCACCCAAUUUCAGAGGAGAAGAGAGAAAAGCCGUCGUUGCUUGCGCAUCUGUUCAAGUCAGUUGAUGACUUUAUAUGCAACCACCUAGACUCACCGCUUCGUCCAUCCGUUGAUCCGAAACAUGUGCUUUCCGGCAACUUUUCUCCGGUGGAUGAGCUUCCGCCGACGCCCUGUGAGGUGGUGGAAGGCUCCCUUCCGAGUUGCCUGGAUGGAGUAUACUUCCGCAAUGGCCCCAAUCCUCAGUUCAUACCCCGCGCCCCAUACCACAUCUUUGAUGGUGAUGGGAUGCUUCACAUGAUCAAGAUUUCUGGAGGAAAAGCCACGUUUUGUAGUCGCUAUGUCAAGACAUACAAAUACAUGGUGGAGCGUGAUCUCGGCCAUCCCAUCUUCCCGAGUGGCUUCGCCUCCUUCAAUGGCCUCAUGGCUUCGAUGGCACGAAUCGGGCUAACCGCAGCGCGGGUACUUACCGGACAGUACAAUCCUCUAAUUAAUGGCAGUGGCACGGCAAACACUAGUGUGGCCCUCAUCGGCGGAAAAUUAUAUGCUCUGGGUGAAGGCGAUCUCCCUUACGAAAUUCAGGUAACAUCAGAUGGAGAUCUUGUAACUAUUGGACGCCAUGAUUUUCAGAGCAGCGAGCCAUUCCCGAGCAUGACCGCGCACCCAAAAGUUGAUCCAGACACAGGCGAGACCUGUGCUUUCAGAUUCCACGCAGUUCCUCCAUUCUUGACAUUUUUCAGGAUCGGUUCUGAUGGAAGGAAAGGACCAGACGUGCCCAUCUUCUCCAUGAAGACUACAGCAAUGAUCCAUGACUUUGCCGUAACAAAGAAUUAUGCCAUAUUCAAUGAUGUGCAGAUGGUGAUAAGCCCUGCGGAGAUUUUGAGAGGACAACCUCCAAUGAAAGUUGAUACUGUUAAAGUGCCGAGGCUAGGCGUUAUCGACCGAUACGCCAAAGAUGAGAGUGGGAUGUGGUGGACUGAUAUGCCUGGAUUCAACAUUUUACACGCAGUGAACGCGUGGGAAGAAGACGAUGGUGAGACCAUAGUGCUGGUGGCUUCUAAUCUUACAUCAGUUGACCUGGUCUUAGAGGGGCUGGAUUUGGCGGACUUGAUGUUGGAAGAGAUCAGAAUAAGUGUCAAGGCCCAGAAGGUAGUCUCGAGGCGUCCCUUGUCCACCAAAGUUCUUGACUUGGGAGUCAUUAAUCCAGCUUAUGCCGGAAAGAAGAACAGGUAUGCCUACGCCAUUGUGGUGGCUAAGCCCAGGAAGGCAGUAGAGUUGGUGAAGUUAGAUUUAUCGCUAUCUUCAGAAGAUUGUCAUGACUGCGUUGUCGCCAGCCGCAAGUACGAGCCAGGAUGGAACGGAAGUGAACCCUUUUUCGUGCCAAAUGAUCCGGCUAGCGACGAGGAUGAUGGUUUCAUAGUUACAUAUGUGCACGAUGAGAAGACUCAAGAAUCCAAGUUCUUGGUAAUGGACGCGAAGUCCCCCACGCUGGAAAUUGUUGCCACCGUGAAGUUACCUGGAAGGGUGCCCACCGGUUUCCAUGGACUCUUUGUGAGUCAAAGUCAUGUAACCGAGGUGUGCAGGAAUGAUCAAUCUACAUGAUUACACCUUAUGCCCAACAUAGAUUUGGAGGAGAACCAGUUUGCAGUUACGUUUUGCUAGGUAGUCCAUGAUCCAUAUCAUGUAUGUGGAAUAAAAUGGUUUAAUUGUUUUUUAGGUUUUGCCGAACAGCUAGGCAAUAUUCAAGUACCUAAAAGGGCUAGUCCUUACGGACCAUCAAUGCAUGGUGUUCUUCGACUGAUUGUUA